AUGACCUCACGAGCGUCAAAUAGUGGCAGUGGAUCAGCCGGAAAAAUGCGGAUUCGUGCAUUUCCCGUAAGUUCUUAAAAAUCAACGUGUAGUCAUUUUCAAUAAUCUGCAUGAUUAUGAAUAAUGCUAUGAAUGUUUCGAAAUAUUUCUGACCAAUUUUUUGCAGGCUGCGAUGGAUGAAACUUAUGUAACUCAAACAUGGAAUUAUCUGAAAAGAGCAAUUCAAGAAAUUCAACGAAAAAACAAUUCAGGCCUCAGCUUUGAAGAACUUUAUCGUCAUGCUUAUACAAUGGUUCUUCAUAAACACGGCGAAAGACUUUACAAAGGUUUAAGUGGUGUUAUAAGUGAACAUUUAGAAGAUGUUCGUGCCAAAAUUGUUGUAUCAAUGGAUCAAGGAGGAUUUCUUGAAACAUUAAAUGAUGCAUGGAGUGAUCAUACUGUUGCAAUGGUUAUGAUUCGAGAUAUUCUUAUGUAUAUGGAUCGUAUUUAUGUUCAACAGAAUAGUACAGUUGCUAUGCCUGUUUAUAAUCUUGGAUUAGAUCUUUUCAAGUAAGUUUUCUCUCUAAAAAUUUUUUUGUGAAAGAAAAACUAGAUUGAACAUUUUUCCAGAGAAGAAGUUUUACACCAAAAUGGAAUUGGCGAUUGUCUUCGUGCCGCUUUAUUAAAUCUUAUCAAUUUGGAUCGAAAAUCAAAUCAAAUUAAUUGGGGAGGAAUAAAAGAAACAUGUAGUAUGUUGAUUGCAUUGGGACUUGAAUCAAGAAGUGUUUAUGAAGAUGAAUUUGAAAAACCAUUAUUAUUGGUAAGAAAAUCAUGUGGAUCUUUGAAUAUAUUUUGAAUUUUUCAGGAAACCGCUGAUUAUUAUCGAGAUGUUUGCAAUAAAUGGUUAGACGGUGAAAAUGAUGCAUGUUAUUAUCUUUCUAGGGUGAGAAGCUUUGAAAUUUAAUUGUUUCUAUUUUUGUUUUUUUAGGUUGAAAAUUGUAUGCAAGAAGAAGUGAAUCGCGCCAGAAGAUAUUUGGAUAGUGAAACGGAAACUAAAAUUUUACGGGUUAUGGACGAUGUUAUGGUUUCAAAACAUAUGCAAACUAUUGUAUAUAUGGAAAAUGGUGGAGUCAAAUUUAUGUUGCAGCAUAAAAAGAUUUCGGAUUUAACAAGAAUUUAUCGCAUAUUCAAACGAAUUAAUUCAACGGAUCCAGCUAAAUGUGGUCUCAAAGUUUUAUUGAAAGCAAUUAGCGAGUAAGUUAUUCUUUCUCAAUUUUUGACCAUUUAUCAGGUGUUUUCCUUCUGUUUAUUUUCUUGUUUGUUCACAUUUGUUAUCUUUCGAACAAAUAAAUAAUAAGCGUUUUUUCAGGUAUUUAUGUGAGGCUGGUCAAAAUAUAGUCAAAGAUGGGGACUUGGCCAAAAAUCCUGUGAAUUUUGUUAAUGUAAGUUUUUUUAUUUGUUUGAGAAAGUAGGCACGAUACCUUAAUGUGACUGUGCAGAAAAAUGAAAUUUCGAAAAAAAUCCAAUAACUCAGUAACGUGUGAAUCAAAAUUGUCUGAAAGUUUGAAAUUUGGAACUAUAAUAAUUUUUACGUUAGACAAAAACGAAAUAUUUUCACAAAUAAUUUUUUUGUCGACAUUUUAUUUUUCUCCACAACCUUUAAUUAAAAAUGAAAAUAUAAAUUUUUAGGAAUUAUUACAACUCAAAGAUUAUUUCACAUCUCUUUUGACAAGUGCAUUUUCGGAUGAGCGAGAUUUCAAGAAUAAAUUCCAACAUGAUUUUGAGAGCUUUAUCAAUUCGAAUAAACAAUCGCCUGAAUUUGUUGCAUUAUAUAUGGAUGAUAUGUUGAAAAAUGGUAUGAAAUGUGUUUCGGAUGCUGAAAUGGAUAAUCGAUUGGAUAAUAUUAUGAUUUUAUUCAGAUAUUUGCAAGAGAAAGAUGUUUUUGAAAGGUUUGCAUUUUUUCUAAAUCAAAAUGCUUUAUAAUCAAUAUUUUGCAGAUAUUUCAAACAACACCUUGCAAAACGUCUUCUUUUGGAUAAAUCUUGUUCGGAUGACGUGGAAAAAGCAUUGAUUGGAAAAUUGAAAACAGAAUGUGGUUGCCAAUUUACUCAAAAAUUGGAAAAUAUGUUUAGAGAUAAAGAAUUGUGGGCAACACUUGGAACUUCAUUCCGUGAUUGGCGAGAUGAAAAUCCAGCAAUUGUUGCACAAGCAAAUACCUCGAUCGAUAUAUCAAUGAGAGUUUUAACAUCGGGAGUUUGGCCAACUCAACAAUGUAAUCCAGUUACUUUACCACCAGAAUGUUCUACGGCUUAUGAAUUAUUUGCGCAAUUUUAUGUGACAAAACAUAGUGGCAGAAAAUUGACAUUGAAUACACUUUUGGGAAAUGCUGAUGUGAAAGCAACAUUUUAUCCACCACCAAAAGGAAGUUCAUCGAAUGAAGAAACUGGAGGACCAAGUAGUUCGACACAACAUUCAACGAAAGCUGAAAAUAAAAUAUUACAAGUGAAUACACAUCAAAUGAUUAUUCUAUUGCAUUUCAAUUAUCGCACUCGAUAUACAUAUCAACAACUUUUGGUUAGUUUUAUUUUCGGGAAAAAAUUGGGGAGCUUGGGAGAAAUCUUAUAAAUUGUCGAAAUUAUUACCGUAUGCUGAUAUGAUUUUGGAGAAAUGUAUAAUAAUGUAUCUAGUGUGAAUUAUUGUACUGUACUAAAAUAUUCCGAAAAACCUCGUAGAAUUUUAUUCCCCCAUUUGAAAAUUAUUCUUAAUAUUCUGUAAACAUUUCAGGAUGAAUCGAAAAUCCCGGAACGUGAAUUGAAAAGAAAUCUGCAAUCAUUGGCAAUGGGAAAACCAUCGCAACGUAUUUUGGCUCGAAAAGGAAAAGGAAAAGAUAUUGAUUCAUCUGAUGAAUUCACUGUAAACGAUAAUUUCUCAUCGAAAUUGACACGUGUCAAAGUUCAAAUGGUCACCGGAAAGUCUGAAACUGAACCAGAAAUCAAAGAAACACGUGGAAAAGUUGACGAUGAUAGAAAAUUAGAAGUUGAAGCUGCAAUUGUUAGAAUUAUGAAAGCGAGAAAGAAGCUUGAUCAUAAUAAUUUGGUCACCGAGGUAAGCUUUAUUGUUUAGUGUCAAAUUUUUCAAUUCCAUAAUUCAUAGGUAACUCAACAACUUCGCCAUCGCUUUUUGCCGAAUCCUGUUAUCAUCAAACAACGUAUCGAAACUCUUAUCGAGCGAGAUUAUUUGGCGAGAGAUGAACAUGAUCAUCGAAUGUAUCAAUAUAUCGCAUAA